GACUUCGCUUUGAACCUGUCGCGAAAGCUCACUGCAGCCUCGGACGCAAACUCCAGGGAAGGCUCAGUGGACAGCUUUUGCUCAGACUGCUCGCAUAAGGAGCAUUUCUUGCCUCCGUGCCUCACGGGAUCCGUUGACAGCGACGAGGAGGACCUCCUCUUUCCGCUUCACAUCGGGUCGAGACCAAAGGCCAACACCUACGCAGAG